CUUUUUAAUGAGACUUGUUACUAAUAUUUUGUUUUCUAAUAUAAACGAAUCAUUAAAACCUUCAUGUACGAUAGACUUAAGAAAAAAGAGUUUGAUGACUACCACCCACCAUUGGACGUAACCCUCUGUCUCUAAAUGGGACCAUCAUUUACUAAAUGAAUCAUGCUGUAUUGACUAAGACUUGAAACUAGCAAUUAAGAUUAUAGAUCAGGUCAUAAAUCGGGGUCAUAAAUCACAGCUCCAAAUCAUGUCAUCGGCUCAAGAUGGCAGAGUUUCUUAUCUGGGAUAUUUUAUGAUUUGAUAAUUUAUGAGUGGUGGGAAGAAGUGGUAUCACUGGGUGAAGGUGACUUAAUCUGUGAAGUAUUUUAAGUGGUCGGCAAGACCAGGAAAGGUUUAUUUAAAUACUGUCGUUUUACUGUAAGAGGUAGCAUUGAUUUCUUCCUCUCACAUUUUUUUGUUUACACAGUAUUUCCACACAUAUUCUGGUUUCUCACAAAAGACAAAGCAAAUAUUGUGACGUUUAUUAUUUAGAUAAAUCCCCUGUUUUGACAUCUCCUGUAAGAUUUAACCCCUCAGUGGUUUCUGUCAACCAUUAAUCUCAUGUACAGGAGGAGCUCAUGGCUUAAACUAGGAAAAUAAAAUGAGGAUUGUAUAAAAGGGGGAAUUUUACUUAAAAUUGUGAAAGUUAUUACCUAUAUCAUCUUCAUCCAAACUCAUAUCAAGUUACAGUAUGUGUGAAAGCAGCAAUAUCCCAGAAGAACAUGUAUGAGUACGUGCUUCUAGAAUAAGGAUAUUCUGCCGUCCACUCUUCAUAAGAGGUAAUACUCAGUAACACAAGCUUUUGAGCAUCAAAUCUCCCAUUGAGUAAAGUGGCCAAACUAGCUGGGCUGGGUGCAAAGUGGGAGGCGACCGGGCAGCAUCAGGAUGGGCUGAGCUUCACCUUGUGUCAAAAGAGAGGAGCGCAGAGAGGAGAGCCAGGUGAAGAUGUGAGAACAGAGUGAGAGGGAGGAGACGCAGGAGAUGAAAGAGUGAGAGACUUGCCCUCAACCAACUCGAGUCGAAGUCUUUAAUGAGAGUUUGUGAAACGUUUCUGCGACAAUCAUGGCUACCACCUGGAGAUUUGCACUGUUUCUGUGCGUGAUGCUGCUGGGGUCUGGAGGCCCGAGCCUGGCCAGUGAGGAGCCAGGGACCACGGCGCCCAGCGGUGGUCACGGGGUCGUCCCAAGCUCAGGUCCGGCCCCUGGUCAUGGAGACACUGGUGAUGGUCACGGCGGGGAGCCCAUCACCACCCUGCCAAUUGUGACCUGGAAGUGGCACCAUGUCUCCACCCCGUACAUGGUGGCUCUGUGGAUCCUGGUCAGCUGGCUCUGCAAAAUCAUCAUCGAGGCCAACCACCAUGUGACCAGCGUGAUCCCCGAGAGCGCCCUGCUCAUCUGCUUCGGCUUCAUCCUGGGCGGGAUGAUCUGGGGCGCCGACAUGCAGCAGACGUUCAAACUGACCCCGACGGUCUUCUUCUUCUACCUGCUGCCUCAAGUCAUCCUGGACGCGGGCUACACCAUGCCCAACAAGCUCUUCUUCAGCAACAUGGGGGCCAUCUUGAUCUACGCCAUCAUCGGGACCUGCUGGAACGCCGCCAGCGUGGGGCUGUCGCUGUGGGGGUGUCACAUGGGAGGAGCCAUGGGCGACAUUGACAUCGGCCUGCUGCAGUAUCUUCUGUUCGGCAGUCUGAUCGCCGCCGUGGACCCCGUGGCCGUCAUCGCCGUGUUCGAGCAGGUGCACGUCAACGAGGUCCUCUUCAUCCUGGUGUUCGGAGAGUCGCUGCUCAACGACGGCGUGACCGUGGUGCUCUUCAAUGUAUUUGAUGCAUUUGUGUCACUGGGAGGACCCCAGAUCGACGCUGUGGAGAUCAUCAAAGGAAUUGUGUCCUUCUUCGUGGUGGCGUUCGGCGGUUCCCUCAUGGGCUUCCUGUUCGGCCUGCUGAUCUCUCUUCUGACCCGAUGGACUAAAAACAUCCAGAUCAUCGAGCCGGGCUUCGUCUUUAUCCUGGGGUACCUCUCCUACCUCACCGCUGAGAUGCUCUCCCUCUCUGCCAUCCUCUCGAUCGUCUUCUGUGGUAUUUGCUGCCAGAAGUACAUCAAUGCCAACAUGGACGAGAAGUCCGUCAACACGGUGAGAUUUGGAAUGAAGGUUCUCGCCAACGGAUCAGAAACCAUCAUCUUCGUCUUCCUCGGCAUCUCGGCCAUCGACAAGGAAAUCUGGGUGUGGAACACCGGCUUCAUCCUCCUCACGCUCCUCUUCAUCUUUGUGUUCAGGAUAAUCGGAGUCUUCUUCCUCACCUGGAUCCUGAACAAGUACCGGCUGGUCCCCGUAGGCUGGAUCGAUCAGGUGAUCAUGAGCUACGGUGGCCUGCGAGGGGCUGUGGCGUACGGCCUGGCUGUGAUGCUGGAUGAGAGCAAGAUAAAGGAGAAGAAUCUGAUGAUCAGCACGACUCUCAUUGUCGUCUACUUCACUGUCAUUCUUCAGGGAAUCACCAUGAAGCCUCUGGUCACAUGGCUGAAAGUGAAGAGAGCCAAGAUAGCUGAGCUCACACUCAUAGAAAAAGUGCAGAACAAGGUGUUUGAGCACUUGCUCGUCGCCAUUGAAGACAUAUCUGGACAAAUUGGACACAACUACAUGAGGGACAAGUGGAAACAUUUCGAGGACAAGUGGAUGACGGGGUUGUUGAUGAAGCCGUCGGCGAGGAAGAACCGCGACAACGUCUUCAGCAUCUUCCACCAGCUGAACCUCAAGGACGCCAUGAGCUACGUGGCCGAGGGCGAGCGCAGGGGCUCACUGGAGUUCAUCCGCAACGACAACUCCUACGUCGACUUCAAGAAGAAGUUUGGCGAGGAAUUCUCAGAGGUGAUGCCGGACAUCAUGGCCGACAUGAGGGACGACCGCAGCGGUGUGUCCGACAUGAGAAGAGACCCUGUGCCAUCAGUGAGCCUGGACAUGCACGAGCAGACCAUGAAGGGAGUGAGGGAAACCGAGGGCGUCAACACUCAUCACCUGCUGCAGCAGCAUCUGUACAAAGGCAGGAAACAGCACAGACACAGGUACAGCCGGAGCCAUUUCAACGUCAACGUGGAUGAGGACGAGGUGCAGGAGAUCUUCCAGAGGACGAUGAGGAGCCGUCUGGAGUCCUUCAAGUCUGCAAAGAUGGGCGUCGCCCCAUCAAGCAGAAAGCACAAGCAGAAAGAUCAGCAGCAAAAGAUGUCGAAUGGAAAAUCCCUGGACAAAGAUUUUGAGUUCCCCUCAGAAGGAGACGAGGCCUCUGGCUACAACCGAUCCAGACAUUCAUUCCCCAUGAGGGCCACCUACAGAGCAGGAGCUGGGAUCGAGAACCCGGCCUUCAUGCCGGACCUGGACCCCAUGUCCACGGUGCAGAUCCCCCCCUGGCUGGGGGAGGUGGAGCUGGACAGUGGCACGGUGGCUCCUUCGCAGAGAGCCCAGGUGAGGCUGCCGUGGACGCCCAGCAACCUGCGGCGCCUGGCUCCUCUUCGCACCAGCACCCGCUCCACCGACUCCUUCAUGCUGGCCGACACUCCGGUCCCGCAGCAGUGGAGCAACCUGCCUCCACCUCCACCUCCGCCUCCUUCCGACAGUCCCGACGGCCAAAAGUAGCAGCAUCCUCACCCCCCCUCCUCUUCUCCUUCCACAAACACAACCUAACCUCAGACUUUGCACCUUCUUCUUCUCUUAAACUAUUGACUAGAGAAUGUUUUUCUUUUCUGUGCCAUCGUUAAAUCUCCACGUUCACACUCCCAUGACCUCUGUGCUCUGCUCUUGUUGCUCUAGCGUCGCUCUUCACUGAGCAGAGGGGAGCUGCAGGUGAAGCCUGUUUGCACAGCGGCAGGUUAUGGAACAUGGUCACGUUGUAUUUUAAUAUCGUAAAUCAGUCCUGAAGAAAAACCUUUUAAAACGGAAUGAGAUGCAAAAAGCUUUAUCGAGCGCUGUAGAUAUUUAUUCAUUAUGUUGUUUAUACGUAUAAUAUAAAUUGGGUUUUAAUAAGAUAUAUAAAAUCAGCUUCAACUCUAAAAUCUGAAUGUUUGUUUGUGUUUCCUCGUGCAUCUCAGAACAGAACUUUGAAUUUUAAACUUGUAGAAAGAGACCAAUGUAAAAAUGUGACUUAUAGGACAAAGAUAUAUAUAUAUAUAUUUAUUCACAAAGGAAGUUUGUAAUGUGUUGUUUUCCAAAAUCUCUAAUCUGUGCACCUUCCAACAUUUGAUGUACUUGAACUGGAUGUGUUUUAAAAAUCAUGGAUUUAGCAAUAAAAACAAUAAAGUCAAUAUGUGAUCAUGAA